AUACUUGUACUAGAUUUUUCGAAUAGUUCUCACAAUAAAAAUAUCUUGGAGAGCAGACCAUCCUCUCUUCCUGUAACUCCGUGCCCCUGCCUGUGCCGCAAGCCCACCCUAUCCAUCAUGAAUUCUUGCUUCACCAUCUUCAUCUCCCUUUCCUUUUUCUUCUUUUCCUUCAACUACAUUUUCAGUACUGAGGCUGCACCGGAAUAUCUGGAUCAUGAUUGCCCAAACGCCACCCUCUUCACUUCCAACUCCACCUACAAAUCCAACCUCAAUAUCCUCCUCUCUGCCCUCUCCUCCGCCGCCAACAACAGCACCAAUGGGUUCGCCAAUGCCACCGCCGGCCAAAACCCUCCAGACCGGGCCUACGGGCUCUUCCUCUGCCGCGGUGACCUUGACACCACCGCGUGCAGCGACUGCGUGGCUGCCGGAAAACAUGAUAUCCUCCAAAAAUGCCCCAACCAGCGAGUCUCUGUAAUCUGGUACGCUGAGUGCAUGUUGCGGUACUCAAACCAGUUCAUCUUCUCGGUCAUGGAGCAAGAGCCGUCUCUCACUUUGUACAACAUCGGGAACGUUACCGACUCAACCCAGUUCAUGCAGCUCCUGCGAGGAACGCUGAACGACAUCGUCACGAGGGCUUCAACUGGCGGGUCAGAGAAGAAGAUCGCGGCGGCACAGGCGAACAACACGAGCUUGCAGAAGUUGUACGCACUCACGCAAUGCACUCCGGACUUGACAGCGUCAGACUGUGACACGUGUCUCCAGUACGCGAUCGGUAAUCUGGUUCAGGGGAAGCAAGGCGGGCGGACGCUCACUCCGAGCUGCAACGUGAGGUACGAGCUCUACCCUUUUUAUAACGCCUCAGCCCUGCCAGCACCGGUGCCUCCGCCUCCUGCUCCCACUCCAGUUACCAGUCCUAAAGGGAAAAGCAAUAAAACUACAGUGAUUGUCAUCGCUGUCGCUGUCGCUGUCGCUGUUGGCGUAGGCGUGGUGCUUCUCUUCCUCGCUUGUUGUUUCAGGCGGAGGAAAGCGGCCAAGACGCAUGAAGCCGUCCAAGGAGAUCAAAGCGGCGCGAGUGAAAUUUCAAACGCCGAGUCCUUGCAGUAUGAUUUAGCCACUAUACAAACCGCCACAAACAAUUUCUCUCAUCAAAACAAGUUGGGUGAGGGUGGAUUUGGUGAAGUUUUCCAGGGUAGGCUUCCCAAUGGACAACAAAUAGCUGUGAAGAGACUAUCUCAAAGCUCAGGACAAGGUGCCCAAGAAUUUAAGAAUGAAGUCCUAUUGGUAGCGAAGCUUCAACAUCGGAACCUUGUGCGGCUGCUCGGGUUCUGCUUGGAGGGUGAAGAAAAAUUGCUUGUUUAUGAGUUUGUGCCAAACAAAAGUCUCGACUACUGUCUAUUUGAUCCUAAAAAGAGCAAGGAAUUGGAUUGGUCGAGACGUUACAAGAUAGUAUGUGGGAUUGCUCGAGGAAUGCUAUAUUUACAUGAGGACUCUCGACUUCGGAUCAUUCAUCGCGAUCUAAAAGCAAGCAAUAUUUUGUUGGACACUGAAAUGAACCCAAAGAUUUCAGAUUUCGGCAUGGCAAGGAUUGUUGGAGUCGACCAAACACAAGAAAAGACCAAUAAAAUUGUGGGGACUUUUGGUUACAUGUCACCUGAGUAUGCGAUGCAUGGGCAAUUCUCUGUGAAGUCCGAUGUUUAUAGUUUCGGUGUCCUACUUCUUGAGCUCGUUAGUGGUAAGAAGAAUAGUUUCUUCUUUGACAAAGAUGGAGGCGAAGAUCUCGCUAGCUAUGCCUGGAAAAAUUGGAGAGAUGGUAAGCCAUUGGAAGUGUUAGAUCCAACCAUUGGAGACUUGUAUUCAAGGGAUGAAGUUCUUAGGUGCCUCCACAUUGGUCUACUUUGUGUUCAAGAAGAUCCAAUGGAUAGACCCACGAUGGCAAGCGUAGUCCUCAUGUUGAGCAGCUACUCUGUUUCUCUUGCACAGCCCCUACAACCGGCGUUCUUCCUUCGUAGCAGGACAGAGAGACCAAUGACAAAUCUCGAAUCUGACCAAUACAGCAGGUCCAUGGCAAUGUCGAUCAAUGAGAUGUCAGUUACUGAAGUAUACCCCCGGUGAACGGUAAUGGGAGUUGGAAGUCUUUCUUCAUGAUUGUCUCAUGGAGAAAUCUAAUCUUAAGAUUCCUGGCGUUCCAGUUCGGUCAUUGAUGAACAACAAGCAAACACCUACGUCAUAAAUAUCUAAAGCUAGAAAGUGUCUUCUCCUUACGCAAAUCAUGAUUUGAUCCACUAGAGUGGCAUGAUCUGCUUACAGUACUUCUCAUGAUAUUUGAUAAGAUAUAUCCGUUCGUA